CCCACCAACAAUCUUUUUUUACUUUUCCCCCAACCACCCAUACCUACCCACAGUCACUCCUUACCCACCCUCUUUACAUCACCCACAAUGCUCUUUGGUAACGCUCUCUCUCUCCUCGCCCUCGCCGGCUACGUCUCUGCCAACGGCCUCGGCCUCGACCUCGGUGUCACGGUCAACGUCGGUGUCGGCCUCGACCUCAGGCUGGGUGCUCCCUCCAGCGUCCGCGACCAGUGCUCCAACAAGGGCGACUUCCUCAGCGACCUCCUUGGCAGGGUCUUCUGCUGCUCUGACGACAACCGCACCGACCCCGAGGAUGGCCUCACUUGCCCCAAGGGUUGGUCCAUGCACAAGGAGGAGAAGUGCUGUAUCCCUCCCACCGAGACUGCUACUUGUGACUGCGGUGAAGGUUAUACCUACAACGAGAGCACCAAGAAGUGCGACAAGAUCCAAGGCAGCUGUCCCGAUGGCACUUGGUACCACCGCCGUUCAUCGUCCUGUAUCGACAACUCGAAGCCGAGCGACCCCAUCUCUGACAUUCUCUGCCCCUUGAUCGGAUGGGUCUUGCGCGGUGACAGGUGUGAGCCUGAGGGUGAGCAUAGCCCGGAGCCUUCGACUUGUCCUGAGGGUUACGAGUGGAGCCCUCAGUCUUGCACUUGUGGUGGUGGCGGGUCUCCUUCUCAGCGCGCUCUUGCCGCUCGUCACACUGGUAUCCUCUACGGAGCCAACAGCUUCAAGGCCCGACAGCUCGCCAGGUAAACACCUCAUGAGCGUUCCUUUGAGCUUCCGUCCUUUAUAUCGUUAUACUAGUAGUCACGGACAAUCAGAAUCGUUUUCUCGUAGCCUCAGCGUACACGUCUGAUAUCAAAUGAUGUAUUACAUUCUACGUCUA